AUGUCCACCAUAGCUUCCCCUAGAGACCCCCAUUCUGCCUUUCGGCGAACACCCUCCUCCCAGGCCAUCGUAACUCCUACCUCGUCCACACGCCCGAGUCUUGACAUUCCCCGAUCGGCCACCAGCUCUCCUAAUCCGUCCGCAUCCACGUCCGCAUCCGCAUCCGCAUCCGCACCCAACAAGCGCAAUAACCGUGCCGCCCUCCGUGAAUACUACAAUCUCAAGAAGACCCCAGCUGCCGCCACGCCCCCGCUGCUCGAGGUCACCGACACAGACUCCGCCUCCCUGGCCGAUGCCGCCGACUUUCCCCACUCAGACGUCCCUACAUCCGAGAUCGAUGCCGAUGGCUUCGACGCCGACGCCUACGUCAAGUCCAAGCUGAAGGACAGCAGCCUGGAGGAGCUGCUCAGGACCUACACGCGGGUCCUGGGCGAGAUCCGGGCACUCGACGCCGAGAAGAAGGCGCUGGUCUACGACAACUACAGCAAGCUCAUCACCGCCACCGAGACAAUACGCAAGAUGCGCUCCAACAUGGACCCCCUGAACCCUAUGGCUGCGACCCUCGACCCAGCCAUUGCCCACAUCUACUCCCAGGCCUCGUCAAUCAGGGACGCUCUGAGGCAGUCCACGCCGAAGCCGGAGGAUGCCAAGAGCAGGCAAGACGUUCAGGACAGGAAGAGGAGGGCCAGGGAGCUCGUCGCAGGGGUGUUGGAAACGCCGGAAAGGAUACGGACACUGGUGCAAGAGGGCAAGGUCGAGGAAGCGAGGCAGGCGUGGGCGUUGCCCAGGCAGCUGCUCGUGGCUUGGAAACAGAAGGGGGUAGGCGGUGCAGAUGUUGAUGCAUGUCUGGCGGAGGGUGAUGCAGCCAUCAAAGAUGCUGUUUCGUAA